GCCUGUCCUUCACUUUUCUGCAGUUUUUCUCGUCUUUUUGCAAACAAAACUCUUCACAACUGCACAAAGGAACCUAACAACCUCCUCCACAUCAUCAAGACACCGCGGAGACUCCAAAUUAUGCUUAGUCUGAGACGACGACUAAGCCGCUUUGACGACGAGGACUAAACCACUUUCCCGGACAAGUUUGAAGCGGGAACUUUCUUAAAAAAACAUGGAUUAUUUUGGUUGUUUUGGACCAGUUUGUGAAACCGUGGAAACGACAUGUGUUUGGAGAUGGUGAUUAUUGGAAAGAAACCCCUCGACAAGAAGAUCAACGAAGAUGUAACCUCCAAAAGCAGCAGUUUGGGACCGAUCCCAGCCCAGACCAUGAGCCAAGGCACGGCCCUGUUCUCCUGUGGACUCAUGGAGUCCCGUUGGCCGGACGCCGCGCUCCCCCGCUCCUCGCUCCGGCCUAAACCGGACUUCGGCUCCAGUCUGGACCGUCUGUGGAGCCGCCAACUAGAGGCCGGCCCGGGUCACUGCGCCUCGCUGUCCUCCCUGCUCCAGGACCUGAACCUCUCCUCCGCGGCGCCCCCUGGCCUCUGGUCCAACACUGAACCCUGCCCCACGGCGCCCCCUAGCAAACGCCAGUGCCGCUCUCUGUCCUGCUUCGACGAUCUGGGACGGUCCAGCUGGCGUCCGCAGGGCUCUCGACUCUGGACUUCGGUGGAGAAGAGGAGAUGCCACAGCGGAGGCAGUGUCCAAAGAACUUCCACUUCCUCCAGUCUCAUUUUCCCAUCGAUACAACGUAGCUCCAGCGUUAGCCUAGCCUUCCCAGGGAGCGUCUGCCCUCCUCCGCCCCAGAGUCAGCUCUCCGUGUCCCCUCACGACCACACGCCCUCGCCCCCCGGCUCUCCAGACUCCAGCCCGGACACGGAGAGGCGCGGCGGGGACGGUGUGGACGGUGUGGACGGUGUGGACGCAGCACUGCCCAGGAGCCAGUCUCAUCCGUGUGAGUUAAACGAGAUGAAGAUCGGAGUGAAGAGGAGGAGGCAGGACGAAGGCUACAAGAGACCGUCGCUCGACCUCGCCAAAAUGACACAGAAGCUUCGUAGUUUCCACAGUCUGAGUCGUCCCGGGAUCUCGUCCGACGAUCGCUCCGACACAAACCUCAAAAACUCUUCAACCCUCGACAACGACAAAAACUUUAACAAACUUUACGCUGACAAAUCUGAGCUCGGGACCAAAGAAUCACCCGGAAGUCUGACGUUUCGUCCGACAAUCGAGGACCGCGGCGACGCCAUGGCCCUCUCGACCAAUCAGAAGGAAGGAGAGGCUCUGUGGGCGGGGCGAUGCGGCUUGCACGCGCUCGGAGGAGAGCUGGACAUCGAGCAGAUCGAAAGGAACUGAACCGAAAGCAAAAAGUCUUACGGACGGUAGUGGACAUGUUGUUAGCGAUGUUAGCUAGCGGCACAGCUUGAAAACAAAGCUAAUGCGUGCUAACAGACGUAGCUCCAGAGUUAAUCAGGAUAACUUACACCGCAAAGGGACGAGACAGAAGUUAUUCAUACUUUGCAGUGACAUCACACUGGGGGGCAUGUGUAUGCAUGUUUACGGCUGAAUGUUCAGCAGUUGCCACGGUGAAGCGACGCUCACAUUAGCAAGCGCAGCCAAAAAACGCUUCAAGAUCGUCUGAAAACUCAAGAAAACAUACAAAAUGGAAGUAAACUGCACAUUUUCAGGAGCCUGUGAUCAACACGAGCGGAAAAACUGUUGGCUAAUGCUAGCUAGCUUGAGGCUGUAGCUAAUGUUGCGUGAGAGAGACUUGUUUAACAGCACAAAUCAGUUCACCUGUUGUAGUUUCAGUUAAAUCAGUUCUUUAUGGUCUGAUUGUUUUAAAACAAAAGCUCAGAUUAAAGUCCUAACUUGAGUAACAGACCUUCAGACAGAGCGGUGCCUCCGGUUAGCGUCACCGUCCCAAGGAAUGUUAAUGAAAUCAGCUGCAAAGUAUCAAAAAUGAGGCGGGUAGUUUGAUGGUAAAAUAAUAAGAAUAAUAACUGACCACG